GGCCGCGGCGCCGCCAUGCUGCGGGCUCGGGGCCGUGCGGCGGAGCUGGCGGCGGAGGCGGCGGUGCGGGGCCUGCUGCUGGCCGCCUUCGUGGUGAUGGAGUUCCUGCCGCCCUUCCAGCGGGUGCUGCAGCCCGAGGAGAUGUGGCUCUAUAGGAACCCUUACGUGCAGGCGGAUCACGUCCCCACCGUGCCCAUGCUGUUCAUCGCCUUUCUGUCUCCUUUAUCAGUCGUGGUCCUGGCGAGGCUCUUCAUGAACGCUGACCAAGACGACACAAGGGAAGCCUGCCUGGCUGCCAGCCUUGCUCUUGCCCUGAAUGGGGUCUUCACAAAUGCCUUGAAGCUCGUCGUGGGCAGGCCGCGGCCAGACUUCUUCUACCGCUGCUUCCCGGACGGCCGUGCCAACGCCGAGCUGGCCUGCACGGGCGACCCUGGCACCGUGGCCGAGGGGCGCAAGAGCUUCCCCAGCGGGCACGCGUCCUUCGCCUUCUCCGGCCUCGCCUUCUCUGCCUUCUACCUGGCGGGGAAGCUGCGCAGCUUCGCGCCGGGCCGGGGCGCCAGGGCCCUGCGCCUCUCUGCCUUCCUCUUCCCCCUCUUCCUCGCCACCCUCAUCGCCGUGUCCCGCACCUGCGACUACAAACACCACUGGCAAGAUGUGUCAGUUGGCUCAGCAAUGGGCCUGCUGCUUGCCUACCUCUGCUACAGGCAGUACUACCCUCCUCUGACAGACUCCUCCUGCCACCAGCCCUUCCUGCACAGCCCCAGGCAGCUGCCAGCACACCCCGAGAGGGCUGCAGCCUCCAGCUGCCGGCUGGAUGUGUAGUGUCAGGCUCUGUCCUGUCCUGCCAGCAGCUCCCCUGCUGCUCCUCUGCUGCUGGGGCACUGUGGGGACUCAGCAAGGCUCUGAUUGCUCACCAGAAGUGGCUGCAGCGAGGAUGAAGCUCAAGGCCAGGCAGAUGCUCUCUGCAGCACUGCUGAGCUGUCCUGCUCAGGGGCCUGUGCUGCCUCAUUACCCAAGUUCUGGGGGUGUCCCUCUCUUCAUGCCAGUCUGAGGGAGGGCAGCUCAGUUAGGAGGCUGCUGAAGCAAGAACUGGAGCCGUGGGACAGCCUGGAGUGACCUUUUCCAGCCCACAGCCAUCUCCCUCCAGUCCAGCUGAGCUGCCCCAGCCUUUCUCCCGGGAAGCCUCUGUGCAGGACCUGCUGCUUAGCUGGGCUGAGGAGCACAAGGCUGUGGUCUGUAACCACAGGUGAGGUGGGGCAGAGGGAGGCUGGAGCCAGCCUGCAGCCUGGCAGGUGUUUGUCUUCUUGUGCCAGCCCUGACUCUGUGAUGUGCCAAAUAAAGGAGUUGAACUUUC